UUUAUUUAUGCAGUGUGUAUGGAUGUUAUGGGAUUAUCACAAAAACUACAAAAUCACAUUUAAAUAAAAAAUGAAAUAAAGCACCAUAAAGGAUCAUGUACGAGACUGAACAGUCACUGUAGCCGAAUCUGAAUGUUAUAAGAAUAUAUACUAUUAUGGGCAAACUAAAUAGUCCAUAACAAAAAUUAGGUCAUUGCAUGAAAUAGUAAUGUAGACACGUGGGCGGAAGUCAGCGACGUCAUCAAAACAGUGAGGCAGGAGAGAAGCAGUCCGUCAGUGGAUGUGACACGCUUACAAAUAGAUAGAAAACAACCCAGCGAGCGGCAGGAAAUCAUGAUCCGAACACAGGAGCGUGUUUAGCCUGCUCGAUUCAUCUGGACAUCCGACUGUUGUGUUAUUUUUCUCCCUUCCUGAGUCCUCGGAGACAGCAGCACCAUGGUGAAAAAGUCGGACCGAGCCCCGCUGCUGGACUGGGAGGAGAUCCCACCGCCCGAUCCGAGCCAGGCGCCGCCGCCGCCGCCGCCGCGGGAGGAGGUCGCACCGGCGGAGAAAAGUUCGCAACCAGUCGGGCGGACACCGACAGGCACUGCGGCUGGUACUGGGUGGAGCAGCAGCAGCUGCAGCAGCAACAACGGCAACACCGCCGCCACCAUCACCUGCAGUCCCACUGGGAGCCUAACAGCUGUUGUUGCCAGCGGGGACGGAUACCCGGGCCGCCCGCGAACAGAGCACUGUGGGCACGGGUGGCAUCGCCCGGAUCCUCUCGGUACAGAUCGGAAUGUGCUCUUCCCCGGCCUCUCGUUGAGAGAUCAAUGGGAGGAAAAAGACCAGAUCGUCGCUGUGUUUGUGGUUACCUUUGAUACAAGAUCAGGGAACAUGGUAGAGUGGUGCUUGCCUCAUGACAUCAAUCUCGAUGGAGUUGAAUUCAAGUCAAUGGCCAGCGGCUCCCAUCGGAUCACUAACGACUUCAUAUAUUUUCGUAAAGGCUGUUACUUUGGGCUGGCCUGUUUCGCUAACAUGCCUGUGGAGAGUGAGCUGGAGCGAGGAGCGAGGAUGAAGUCUGUAGGAAUUCUGUCUCCCUCCUACACUCUGCUUUACCGCUACAUGCACUUCCUGGAGAACCAAGUCAGACACCAGUUGCAGUGCCCAGGCCAGUAUUCUCCACUGGAGGCUUUCUAUGAAGAUAAGAAGGCAGUCCUUCCCCCUACAGGAAACGGCCUGGUCACCGCUUGCCCGACGUGGAGUGUUACCACAAUCAACCGCUGUAUGCACCCAGAAAUGAAGAUCACCCACCCCGCCGGCUGCAUGUCCCAGUUCAUCCAGUUUUUCGGGGAGCAGAUAAUGGUGCUGUGGAAGUUUGCGAUGCUUAGGAAACGUAUCCUCAUCUUCUCCCCUCCGCCUGUAGGUGUGGUCUGCUACAGGGUGUACUGCUGUUGCUGCCUGGCCAAUGUCUCCUUACCUGGAAUUGGAGUUACUGUGCCUGAAUUACGGCCUUUCUUCUACAUCAACAUAGCUGACAUCACAGCCCUGGAAACGGAGCUGUCAUAUGUGGCCUGCACCACAGAGAAGAUUUUCGAGGAGAAGAAGGAACUGUACGACGUCUACGUUGACAACCAGAAUGUGAAAACUCACAGGAGCCAUUUGCAGCCACUGCUGCGACUGAAUGCUGCAGAUAAGGAGAAGUACAGGAAACUGAGUGAACAGAGGCAAAUGUUGCUGUACUCACAGGAGGUGGAUGGAGACUGCACGUCAAACGAAGAGGAUCUUUUCAUUUUGUUCUUCAUGGAGCUGAAUAACCGCAUCUUCCAGACCCUGUCAGAAGUAGCAGGGAGCCAGGAUCCCACCCUCACCGCUGAGCACGUGAGGGCCAUGGGGCUGGAUCCCCAGGGCGAUCACUCCUUCCUGGUCGACCUGCUGGAGGUGUACGGUAUUGACGUCACGCUGGUCAUAGACAACCUCUGCUGCUCCUGAGCCCCCCUCCGCCAGGGAAAACUUGGGAAUGCCACUGGAUAUCUGUGCCUUCGAGGCCCCCCACACACACACACCAAGACACUAUAGACACUGCCUUCACCCUGGGACGUCAUCUAUCACCCGCUGUCCCCUCCUGGGUGUCUGUUUUUCUUAAGUGUGUGUCUCAUCUGACCUAUAGAGACUGUUUCCAACCAGUGUGGGUGAUAAGGACUGGGCCACAGUGGCUGAUAAACACCUGCCUGGCAGACUGUGCCACUUGGCAGCUCCGUGCUCUUAUAGCCAUUCACAUCUUAUGUCACUCAGUGCUGUUUUUAUUUGUCAGAAAUAUUGUUUUCUUGUGUGUGCUUGUCUCACUUUGUUUCCGGCUCAAGUGGCCAGGCUGUAAGCACUGGAUGAAAAUAUAGAAGUCUUCAUCAGGUCAGGUCUGGUUCUCCACUGCACUCAUCACAAUAUCUGAAUAGUUUCAUCUUAUUUUGGGAAAUUACUGCUGGAAAUGAAUUUAGGCCCUUCAAAUACUUUCAUAGAAAACUCUAGCCUUCAUACUGUGCAGCAAAUUGAGCAGACUAACCUCUGCUAUGAUGAUACCAUACUUGGAUAUUUCUUUUUCUGGUAAAAACCACUUUUGGAAUUAGUAAAAUGAAAUGCUUUUUAACCACUAUGUUUGUAUUUCAAAAAGGAAGCAAUAGGAGUCUGUGUGUUAGUUGAAUUGGUCAGCCUUUUUCAUGUACUUUUGACCUCACAGUCAAAUGCAUUUUUUUGGGGGGGGGGGUUUUGGACUAUUUCUUUUGCAAACUGAAAGUGAGAGAUGAGGUCAAAGUGAAACAUGUUUGUUAAUGAGUGCGAGAGCCUCUUUUUAUAAUGGGAUUUGUUAAUGAUUGUGAAGCUGAAUAAGCUGUAAAUACUUUGUUCACCUUUAUGCACCUUCAACACGAGGUAGAGCGCUGUUUGAUAAGGUGUCUGUGUAUAACCACGGUCAUAGUGUAAGGGAUGGGGGGGAUGUUCUGGAAACUUUUUGUUGUGUUAUAUAUAUUUUAUCUUCAUUUGUCAUAAUUGGCGGAGAAAUUGUCAAUGAAUGUGAUUCUUUAACACUAACUUACCAUGAAUGCUGCACCAUGUCCACCACUGGACUAUUUCCUGAUGCACACAGUGAUCAUGCUUAACUGUAAUGUUUUUUUUUUAUGCUAUGUUUAACUCUGAGCCAGCAGCUGAUUUUGAAGCAGAGGAGCUUUAUGUGUGUGUGUUGUUGUGAUACUGUGGACAGGCUUUCAUUGUUUUUAUUGCGACUCAAACCAGAGGCUGGUUCAUCAGUGGAAGCUAAUAUAUCUCCUGUGAUCCUAUUGAAUGAAGAGUCCUCGAUGGAGCCGUUUGUAGUUUACUUGUUGAUCAGCUUCAAAGAGAUACUCUCCGCUUGUCUGCGUCCAUCACAAAGAUCCCUUUGUGUUUUUUUUGGAGAUCUGGUGAUGUCACUGAGAGAGCUGAGCAGAAGCUUUAACUCCACCUUAAUUGGCAGAUUCGCAGAAAGGCCCCCGUCUGUUCCGGCUGAGGGUUUCUCUCAGUCCUUUUCAUCACAGUCCCAUUCAGUGAAUCCAGCUCUAGAGAUGGGCCAACUGUGUCUUUUGAAUACUGCUGGCAGACGGGUUUGGUUAAUCCAUCACGUUGCCAAUUUGAGUGAUCAUUUGUUCCAUGUUGGAACACCUGAGACCGAGGCUUGCCUCGUAUAAAUUUGGAGUAGUUCUCAACCUUCUCAUAACCCCCCUGGUGCGAUCUUAUAAUGUACAGGACAGUGAAUCUAAAAAAGAAGUCAUUUUUUUAAUUAAAACUUAUUUAAAAGCCUAUUUAAGUAACUGGCCUUCAAAUAUUCAUAUUUGUCACAUUCCAAAAAUGAUCUUUUGGGGCCUGAUCUCCAGGUUGAGAACUGCUGAUUUACAGCGUGGUCUUAUAGCCUGUACUGUAUCUUGAUUUGACACCCCCCAAGAUGUUUUCUGGGUGGGUUAAAAAAAGAAGAAAAAAAAACUGUAUUGUAUUUGAAAGAGAAGGACGGUUAAGCUUUAUUGUUUAAAAGGGGCCUUAAGGAAACGUGACUUUCUCAAACUUACUACAGCAAACUCAUUUCCGUAUGUAUGUCAACAGUGUUUGCUGAAAGAUUAAGUUCAUUGUCCUUAACUUAAUGACCUUAAUGUCUCCAGUGAAAGCUGUUGACUCUGACUGGUCUCUUUACUUGUCAGCAAACACGUUCUCUUGCCUCUGAUAUUGUUUGCUUUACAGGUGUACGUUAAAUGUAAAAGGGAAUGUACACAACACACACACACACCACUGUAUAAAAUGCCUUCUUUGUGGAGUCGUUCACAGAUGUGUACCAGCAUUAGCUAAAUGAAUCAUUUGUACAGCGUGUCACUCUACUGAAUGUCAAUGACAGCAAAAGUAUUGCACACAAUGCAGCAUCACAUCCAAGUAGUAUAACUGUUUUCUUCUUGAUUGUAAUGUAAGUCAAAGGUAUUCACACAAUAACCAAUAAGUCUUCACCUUUACUAAUGUGAAACACUGUAAGAGAUGUCAGUAACGUACACAUAAACUCAAUAGCAUGAGCAACUGUUAAUUCCACUGUACUGCCAUUGUGAAACAAUAAAACAUUGAUUCAG